AUGUCACUUGAAACGACGCGCGUCUGCCGAGCGUGCUGUGCGUACAUCUAUCAUUUGAAUGCCGGGGGACAUUUACAAUCCACCGGCGGCUACCGAAAAAAACUGACGACCGACGACAAAAUGCUAACGGAUCCGAAGCUGCCCAGGACCAGCCUCGGACAACUCUCGGCCAGCGGCCCAGCGGCCAACGAAACUGCCAUCAAGCGAGAACUGAUCGAGCCAUCUAACAGCACCGCCGCCACCACCAACAGCCUGGACGAUCGGCUUCGGUUCGAGACGAAAUCGAUGCCCCUCGGCGAGCUGGGAACGGAACCGGGACUGGGACACGGACACGGGUGCGGAAUCCGGCCGGGGACACUACACCACUACCCUGGGCCGGCGGUCCAGAACAAGCAGCCACUGCAAGGAUUCGAUCAGAUCUGGGGUCCGGCGCGGGCGGACACACGAGACCGGUUACAGGCGUCGGUCAGUGGGAUGAGCCACUACUGGCCCCAGCCCCAGUACGAGCAGCCGCAUCCGGCGGCCACGACGGCUUCGGUGGAUCCUGCUCCUGCCCCUCACCAAGACAUUGGCGUCGACGGCCACAUCUACACGCUGACCGUGCUGCACGAGUCGCCCGAGCACGGUAUCGUGUGGUCGGAUCCCACAAGCGCCCUGGAAUCGCCGGUUCCGCUCGCUCCGGACAUUGUGGACUCGAGUGUCGGCUACGAGCCGACGGUGGAUUGUUUCAACUUCAGCGACGGCACCGGCUACGACCUGGGCGAUUACUACGGAGCGAAACCACAACAAGUACAACAGCAGCAACAGCAGCCCCCCAAUGGACAGCCCUCGGCGGCCACCUCCAUCAGCUUGCACGGUUCCGUCGAAGGGCUGCUGAACGAGAUCCAGCUAACGAGCUUCACCGACCGAAGUGUGCCCUCGGGCGGGGACCUCGGGGCCCAGCACAGUUUGUACAAUGAACCCUCGUCCUACCUGUACGACAACUUCACCGUACCCGAUAGUUCCUCCUCCUCGAGCCAUCCACAUCACCACCAGCAGCAGCAGCAUCACCACCACCAACUUCAGCCAAUGCUUCCAUCGCUGGAACCAGCAGCGCCGGCGGCCAUGGUCGCCUCGGGGCCCGACUCCAAGCUGGACACCAACAACAACAGCUGCCCGCUGGGGGAACUCAACUCACUGCCACCUCCCAGCAGCUCCAGUUCAAGCAGUAGCUCUAGCAGCAGUUCAAGCAGCGACUCAGCUUCCGGUUCCGGUGGGCCCAACGGGCAGAAGCGUGGCCGGUCGCUGCACUACUGCUCGAUCUGCUCGAAAGCGUUUAAGGAUAAGUACUCGGUCAACGUGCACGUCCGGGUGCAUACGGGCGAGAAACCGUUCUCGUGUUACCUGUGCGGGAAGAGCUUCCGGCAGAAGGCGCACCUAGAGAAGCACUAUCAGACGCAUCUGCACCAGAAGAACCUGACCAAGCGGCCCAAACCGGGCGCCAAAGGGAAGCAACCGCCGCAGCAACACCAGCAGCCGCUGCCGUUGCUGCCACUGGACUCGAUCGGCUCCGGGAGCGGUGUCGGCUGA